UGGUAAACAAUCAUGCCCUUACCACGGGCACGUCACACAUAGAUCAGUGACACAAACGUCAUUAAUGUAAUCCAUUGUAAUCAUGGGAGGUACCCAUGAUGUGUUUGUUAACCUCGCAGAUAAAUAGGGUCGUAGUCCACGCACUUGUUGAUGAUUCAUUGACUGGGUGGAUGCGUUUAUUUCUACCUCCAUGGUAUAUGGUUUUAUAGUCUCUACUACGCGCACUGUAAACCACAACUUCAUAGAUGAUGAUUAUGGAUUGCUUUUUGAGAACGACGGAGACGAUCUUUGCGGCAGUUUUCCUCGUUUUACUCUGUCUUCAUUCAGGGUCGUACGCCCAGGAAUGCACAGCAGGCACAGCAACCACCUGGGUUGGUAUCCCUGAAGAAAGCUAUGAUCGGAACUUCACCAGCGUGAAUGACCCAAAUGGCAGACCUGUUGGGUUUGUGCCUACCUUUAUACCAUACAGCGAUCUCAUGCAACCUAACCCAUGUAUAGUGGUCACAGGUACAAUGGAUUCUCGUGUAGAAGUUAUGGCUGAGUCUAAUCCACAAGGCUCAAUUAUUUGUGUCAAAGACGAGUAUAAUCGUGAAAUAUGUGAUGCUCAAAUCUACGACUGUCGCCAAGCGGAUGGAGACUCUUUAAGAUUUGAGUUUCAUUGCGAUGCCACAAGCUGUGAUGAGAGUGACGUUCAGUUUUUCUAUCGAUUUACAGUUAGCCCCCCUGGAGAUGUGCGUGAUCCUGAACUGUGGUGUGACGAACGUGACACAGGAGAGUAUCCAAGCAGUUUGUACGUACCUCUGCCCACCAACAUGGACCUAGCCACCAAGCCACCAGAUAGAACAAACAGUGCCAUCCAAGCUGCUACCCCAUCCAAGGCAUUUGCCCUUCUCACAUCAGUCUUUGUCCUUCUCUCACUGAUUGGGCCUGAAGGUAUCUAGGACCACUCCUUUACUCAGCUUAAACUUAUCUUGUGUCUGAGAAAGUUGAAUUCCUGUUCAAAUGCACCGUAUUUUUGACCGCUUUUUAUCACUUCUGAGGGUAUACUUGAUUCGCCCUGCACAGUUUUAAUCGCCGUUCUGUCAGUUUCGCUGCGCCGUAGUUUUAAUUU